AUGUCGAGCUUCUUUCGCCGCAUGUACGAUUGGCUUCUGCGCCUGUUCUGGGCGACAGAGAUGGACAUCACCAUGAUCGGUUUGCAGAAUGCCGGCAAGACGUCGUUGUUGAGAGUUCUAGCGGGCGGCGAGUUCACGAUAGACUCUAUUCCCACUGUGGGAUUCAACAUGAAGCGCGUCCAGAAGGGUCACGUUACUUUGAAAUGUUGGGAUCUUGGUGGGCAGCCUCGCUUUCGUUCGAUGUGGGAGCGAUACUGUAGAGGAGUGAACGCGAUCGUGUUCAUCGUGGACUCUGCUGACCGGCAAGCGCUGCCUGUAGCACGUGAGGAGCUCCAGAUCUUGUUGGAGAAGCCUGCACUCGAAGGUAUUCCCCUAUUAGUACUGGGAAACAAGUCCGAUCUUGCGGACAAGCUCUCGGUCGACGAAUUGAUCGAAGCCUUGAAUCUGACAUCAGUUGCCCAUCGUGAGGUGAGCUGUUACGGAAUCAGCGCCAAAGAGGAAACCAAUCUCGACGCAGUCCUGCAAUGGCUGGUCAAUCGAACGCGAUCUUGA